AUGUCAGUUUUAAGUCAAAAUUCAUUAUCAGUCACCAUUCAAUCGGACAGCACGACGACCCUUCGACUGUAUCGACAACAAGCCAAGGCAAUUACCUCUAGAGCACCAAUACCAUACGGAACGAUUCCCAAGAGAAAACCAAAAGCCGAAUUGAUUGAAAAAGAAAAGAUUUCAACUGAAUCAUGGAUCGACCGUGCCCCUUCUGUCCUGAUGGCCUUUGUCCAGUCUGUCCUGAACCGAAAACCAGAACCAGAACCACAAACCCCAGCCCCUCGCCUUGGAUUCAUGCCGCGCUCACCCCCAAAGACCCAGGUCUUUACUUCACCCCUAGCCGUCAUAGCCCCUGUCAGUAGUCCGAUUGCCUAUGACCACCACGAUGAUGACUAUGGCCAAGAAUCCUCACAGCCAUCAGUCAGUUGCCUUAGCACAAGCAGUGGCAGUUGCACUUCAACAACGAGUUCUUGUGGUAGUCUGACCAGUUCACUUGAUUCAUCUGCUUCCGAAGACUCCUGCUCGACUGUUGACGAUGAUGACCUUGUUUCGAUCAUUCGUCUCAAUAACCCAAUCACCACCAAUACUGACGCCAAUAUCAAUAUAAGCACUAAUAACCUUCAUAACAAUAACAAUAAUAACAGCAUGACCACUACUGCACUGUCAGAUAUCUUGUGUGAUCAUUACAUCCAGAGAUACUCAGCAGCCUCUUGCUCUGCAGAUCCUGAUACGCCAGAGGCAGCUUCUUCUAUUUCUGACAACCUCGAUGUCCCACUUGAAACAUUUGGUGUGUUUGAGGCACCUUUGCACACAAUUGAAACAAACCCCAGGGAUGAAAAUUGGUACAUCUGGGAAAUACUCCAGACACCCAAGGAAUGGACACGUGUUGACCCUGCGGCCCUCAAGGACCAUCAUGAACAACAAUUCAUCGGCUGGAGAGAGUCUGACAAACAAAAGGCAAAAAAGAACAAGUCCAAAAACAAAAAUAACAAUAAGCAAGAUACCAUUAUUGCUUGCAACAGCAACAGCAAUAACAAUAGCGAUUGUACUGUUGACGCCGCCGAUUCAAUUACAACAAUUCUUCCAUUGAAAUCCCAAUCCCAAAAGAGAUCGGAAUAUCCAGAAAUGGGAAGAACCUGCCACGCUACACCACAAGCACAACCACAAUCACAGGUACAGGCACAAGUACAAGUACAAGCACAAGCACAAGCACAAGCACACCCACAUCAACAGCCAACAAAAGUAACGGUGACGGCGGCAACGGGUACACAAACUUUACCGCCUUUGGGUACACCAACCGAACAAAGUGAGCAAAGUGAGCAAAUUGAGCGAAUUGAGCCAGAUAGCCUUUCAUCCCAUGUCCGAGCCGUUCGUGCCAAUGAGUCCCACCUGAGAAUGAUUGUAGCCGAAGUUAAUAUGAUGCGAGCCAACAAGAUCGUGUGUCCCUUGAAGCCGCGAGCCUUUUUAGCCAAAAGGUCUGACAGAUUUCUUUCCCGCCAACCGACCCCGCUCAGGAACGAGGUCCCUGGCCAUGAGAAUGCGAAUGAGAAUGAAAAUGGUGAUAGCAGUUGCCGCCCAGCAUUUUUAUUAAACACUCUUUUGUGUCAAGAUCGCCUGUCAAUGUCAAAAUCGACGUCAAAACAGUAUCUCCAGUCCUUCUCACCAAAAACAACAACAAAAACAACAAAAACGAUAUCACCGUCAGAAUCAUCGUCAUUAUCACCAUCAUAUUACACUACAGUCCAAGCCUAA